ACAGAGGGGGCGGAAAAGACAAGACAUUCUCAAGAGCUAGCAAUGGCACCAGCAGCAGACAAAUUGAGGGUGAACUUCAGGAGAUUUAAGCCACACCUUCUCAUGGUUCUGGUACAGAUUGGUUAUACGUUUCUGUAUCUCUUCACAGACGCUUGCUUCAACCAUGGGAUGGAUCCUCAUAUAUUUGUAACUUAUCGACAUAUUUUGGGUGGUUUGGUGAUGCUUCCUUUUGCAUAUUUUCUUGAAAGGAAAGUAAGGCCAAAGCUGACAUUAGCUUUGUUUUUGGAGAUGUUUCUGCUUUCUCUACUAGGGGUUAGCUUAACCUUAAACAUGUACUUCGCAAGUUUGAAAUACACAUCUUCUACCUUUGUCACGUCCAUAGUCAACACCAUUCCAUCCAUGACUUUCGUAGUUGCAGUUGCAUUCAGGUUGGAGACUGUUGAUAUUAGGAACCCCCGUGGGAUGGCAAAAGUCCUGGGAACCUCGAUAUCCUUGGCCGGGGUGUUGGUCGCCACUUUGUAUAAAGGACCCGAAGUUCGAAGUUGGAAGAGUGCUCCUAUCCACAUAACCAGAACUAAAUAUGUCCAUGAGAACUGGAUUAAAGGACCAAUACUAACUGUUGUAAGUUGCUUGACGUGGUCUUCAUGGUUCAUCAUGCAGGGAAUCACAUUGAAGAAGUAUCCUGCGCAACUGUCACUAACUGCAUGGAUAAACUUCAUCGGUGCAGCACAAUCAGCUGUCUUCACUGUAAUCAUACUACACAAACCAGCAGCAUGGUCCAUUGCGUUUGACAUAGAUUUAUGGUCCAUCGUGUAUGCUGGAGUUGUAUGCGCAGGUCUAGCAACCGUCACUCAACUAUGGUGCAUAAAGCAAAAAGGACCAGUUUUUGUGACCAUGUUUAAUCCCCUUGGAACACUCUUUGUAGGGCUUCAAGAGUACUUUCUUCUUGGCAAAAGACUGCACGCGGGCAGAAUUCUGGGAGGAUCCAUUGUCAUCCUUGGUCUAUACGUUGUUUUAUGGGGGAAAGAAGGUGAUCAAUAUCACUUCAAGUCCCAAGAGAGAGCCUUUUCGACCGAUGAAGAGCCAAAGGAGCCGCCCAAGAUACAAAGCGAAACAUCAGAAAGGGAAGUCCCCUGAAGGCUUGCUUCUCCUGGAAAAGAUUACAAUGCCUAAAGGGUCCUGCGGGAAGGGGAGAAAAUAUAACGAUGCCUAAAGGGUCCGGAGGCAUUCCAAGGUGGAAGAUAACGUAUCAUCAUGAUGCACACUAGCGAAAGAGGAUAGCAAGCUAUGUCAAGUAGCAAGUGAGGCCUAAUAAAAAAGGGUAGC